AUGGAUCCUGCCGCUCCACCAGAGCCUCAAGCCGAGAGUAAAACCGCUCCUCCAUCCACCAACAUCGAAGACCUAGACCUCCCCGCAGACGUGCUCGCCGACAUCAAAGCGAUCCUCACGGGCAGUCCUGCCCGAGACCCCGACCCAGAAUCCGAACCCCAAGAGACGCCCCCAGGAAAACGAGUCCGUCUGCUCCGUGAGACCCAAUGGUCCAUGAACCUCCCACCAUGGCCCGACAUGAUGCUCCUCACACCAGUCCGCGAACCCGUCAACAAGCGAAUAAUCAUCAUCAAAGAAGCUCUGAAUCUAAAAAGUUUCCUCGACUCACGACCCCGCAAGCGCAAUGCCAUGCUCGCCCAGGCCGUCGGUGUCAAGGUCACCCCGGAAUGCACGCAGUGCGAAAAGGGCAAGGGCCAAUUUGUGGGCUGUGUUGUUAUCCCGGAUAUGUUUGAGGGCGCUUGUGCGAAUUGUGUGUGGGAGAAGUCGCGGAGUCAGUAUGGGCAGUGUAGUUUUCGUAAGUGGAUGCUUAUACGUUACAGUGUUGAGGGUGUUUUUGGUGUUGACUUUGAUACCGGCGUGCGUGAUAGUUGUUGA